CCUCGGAUGAAGAAACGGAAGUGCGAUGACAAGUCGCAUGUCCACCCAGUGAAGUGUUUUCAAGCGAGACGCCAGUUACAGGCGAACCCAGAAAACGUAGUACGCACUUGUCUAGGAGUAGUACGACACGUGACCGGCGGCAGUUGUUUGCCUCAAGCCACUUUCUUAUGCAGCGUAAUAACUGCAAACUCAAACGCUUUCCUGUGUUCAGCACUCGGUGACCAUCUUCAGGCACUCAUUUUCUAUGGGCCUCACAUUUUCAACGCUGUUCCAGUCUCUGGCACAGCUAAUGCGAUGGAGUAAGGACCAGGAUGUUCGCAUUCUCAUGUUGGGUCUUGAUUCUGCUGGGAAGACUACUAUUCUAUACCGACUACAAAUCGGGGAAGUUGUCUCGACGAUACCUACGAUUGGCUUUAAUGUCGAGACUGUCCAGUACAAGAACAUUAAGUUCCAGGUUUGGGAUCUUGGAGGGCAGUCAAGCAUCAGACCGUAUUGGCGGUGUUACUUCCCGAAUACGUCGGCUAUCAUCUAUGUCAUCGAUUCAUCUGAUCAUACCCGGUUGUCUACCUCUCGGGGGGAGCUUCUGACGAUGUUAUCGGAGGAUGAGCUUUCCGGCGUUCCCCUUCUCGUUUUCUGCAAUAAGCAGGAUGUUGAAGGUGCAUUGAAUCCGGAAGAGAUUAGCGACCGGCUAGGCCUUGCGGGUAAAGAGACGUCGAGGCAAUGGAGCGUGCGCGGGAGCUGUGCCACGAAGGGGGAAGGUUUAGAGGAGGGCCUUGAUUGGCUAGUGAAUGCCAUCCAGAAGUAGUGGCUGCCCAACUGCUAUCUCAUCCGGUUUCUUGCACGUUCGUUACCAGCUUUGUUUCUAUCGGACCCUGGGUCAUUGAGGUAGCAAACACUUACAUUAAGGUUGCGUAGUACGACGU